AUUGUGGGUCAAUGGGUGUGUAAGGGGGCGUGUGCCUAACGAAGGAAAAGUGUGGUUGAAGAAAAGAGCAAGUGUUUUAGAACCUGAAGGGGCUGAGUGCUGGCCUCACAGCGGCGCCGAAUAUGGACGAGCUAUUAAAUUCUUUUACAAAAGACUGGAUUGCGUCAAGCCAAGUUGUGCCUCCUUCCAUUCCAUAUGUGGAGAUUAUUGAACAGCCAAAGCAGCGGGGUAUGAGAUUUCGAUACAAAUGUGAGGGACGCUCCGCUGGAAGCAUUCCUGGAGAGCGAAGUACAGAUACAACUAAAACGCAUCCCACUAUAAAGGUAAACAAUUACCAAGGGCCAGCCCGUAUAAGGAUAUCGCUGGUUACAAAAGAUGCACCCUAUAAACCACAUCCUCAUGAACUUGUCGGAAAAGAUUGCAAAGAUGGUUAUUAUGAGGCUGACCUGUCACUGGAUCGUAAUAUCCACAGUUUCCAGAAUUUGGGCAUUCAGUGUGUGAAAAAGAGGGAAGUGGAUGAUGCCAUCGCUCAACGAAUUCAGACAAAUAAUAAUCCCUUUAAUGUCCCUGUUGAAGAUCUGAAGUCUGACUAUGACUUGAAUACAGUCUGUCUUUGCUUUCAAGUUUACAUACGUGACCAGUCGGGAGUUCUAAUUCCACUUCAAUUUGUGGUUUCUCAGCCAAUUUAUGAUAAUAGAGCCCCUAACACCGCUGAACUGAAGAUUUGUAGAGUGAAUAAGAACUCCGGGAGUUGCUUGGGAGGUGAUGAGAUAUUUUUACUGUGCGAUAAAGUGCAAAAAGAAGAUAUUGAGGUUGUGUUUGUACAUGGAAACUGGGAAGCACGGGGGUCGUUUUCCCAAGCAGAUGUUCACAGGCAGGUAGCUAUAGUCUUCAAGACACCCCCCUACCAAGAUCCAGAAAUCCAUCAGCCUGUGAAAGUCCAGAUGCAGUUGAGAAGGCCAUCUGAUAAAGAAGUGAGCGAACCUAUGGAGUUUCAGUAUCUACCAUAUGAAGGUGAUCUUCAUCAUAUUGAUGAAAAAAGAAAGAGAACUUUGGAAAGUUUCAAGCAUAUUGUAAAAAAAAGCCCUUUUGCUGCAGGUGAAGUGAAGAGCCAACGAAAAAUUGCUGUUCCUGCACGCAACUUUACAAAGACAGAACCUUUACAAAGAAACACUCAGAUGUCAAUGCAGAUGACUCCCUCAGGCUCUCAGUACCCAAUUCCAAUGGUAAAAGUGGAUACAUCAAAUCCAAUGACCCCCCUCUUCACUGUAAAUGCUAAUGAUUUCAGCAGCCUGGGAUUCUCACCUCUACCUUCUGCACCACAGCCUUCAGCAUCAGUCGAUGAACGUCUGGACUCUAUGUUGGGCUACCCUUCCUUUACAGAUGAUGGAAAUCUCGACCUAGUAAACAUGCUGCAGAAUGACCCUGACAGCCAUUGUGCAAGUCUUAGUUCUAUUGACAAUAGUGAUUUUGGACAACUUCUGAGCGAAUCUCAGUCUUCAAGUACUCUUUCACAAGGUCUUCAUGAGCCUGGGACUAGCCAGAAUACCCUCAUGGCUUAUCCUGAAUCUAUUGCUAGGCUCAUGGCUGCUGGAACCAGUGAGGAGGCAGGUGGUAGUGAGAAUUCAGAAAGGCUUGAGAAUGCUCUAAUUAAUGGGAUUUUUGAUAUGCAGCAGGGAGAAAGUUUAAAUUCUUUUUUGGAUCUGGACUUUGCAUCUUUCAUGGGUGCCAUGAAAUGAAAUGUAUUCUUAUGAAGGCACUAUACUCAGCUCAGUAAACAUUGUGCAAUAUACAUUCGCCUACCUGGAUCUCGUGACAACAGUGGCCAACAGAACGGUAUUGGUGUUGUGUUGGUCAUACUGGAACUCAGACUGUGCUGGCCCAUUAAAAUUUGAAUGAGUUUGUGAAGAAGU